AUGGACAAGGUGAACGCCGCCGGUGAUUACGCCCAAACCGCCAUCAACGACGCCAAGGAGAAGGCGGCCGAGGCGCUCGCCGCCGCUCAAGAAGCCCUUGAAUCGGCCCAGGAGAAGGCCGCCGAUGCUGGGGACGCCGCUCAGGAUGCACUCGAUUCGGCUAAGGAGAAGGCUGGUGAGGCGUGGGAUGCGGUGAAGGAGAAGGCCGAAGAAGUUGGAGAUAAGGCUGAUGAGCACGCUGAGACGGCCAAGGAAAAUGUUGAGACCACCGCUGCUUCCAUCAAAGAACACGCUUCUGACUCUGCUGACUCCAUUCAAGAGCACGUCGAGCACGCCAAGGGAAACGCCGAAGACGUUGUCGAGGCCGCCAAAGAAAAGGCUGACGAGCUCGCUGAUGCUGCCGCCGACAAGGCUGAAGACGUGAAGGACUCUGCUGAGGAGACUUUCGAGAAACUUCACCACUCUGGAACCACUGCUGUGGAGGAUGCCAAGGAUAAGGCCGAAGAGGUCCAAGACCACGCUUCCUCCAAGGUCGACGAGUUCUUGGAGAAGACUGAAGAGGUGAAGGAUGAGCAGAAGACCAUGGCUAGUGGCGCUGGUGAGGCCAUUGCUAACGCUUUCGAUUCUGCGAAGGAAACUGCUGCCACUGCUUUCGAUUCGGCUAAGAAUUCGGCUGCAGCUGCCUGGGAGGCUACCAAGGAAGCCGCCACUGAGGCUUAUGAGGAGGCUGAGAAGCACGCUGACGAUGGUGCGGACGUUGCCAAGGAUGUCGUUGAGGAGGCCAAGGAAGAGGCUUCUGAUGUUUUGGAUGCUGCCGAAUCUAAGGUUGAAGAGAUCAAGCAGCAAGCUUCGGAGUUCUACGAGGAAUCCAAGGAGAAGAUUUCGAAAGCUUCGGAUUCUGCCAAGGAUUCUGCUAAGGACUUGGUCGACGAGGCCAAGGUCAAGGGAUCCGACGCUUGGGAUGCAGCUGAUGCAAAGGCUGAAGAGGCCAAGGACAACACUUCUGAUCUUUUGGAAUCUGCCAAGCAACAAGGAGAAGAGGCCAAAGAAUCUGCAAAGGACUACUUCGAGGAAGCCACAGAGAAGGCUCAUGAAGUCUGGGAUGCCACCAAGGAAAAGACUUCGGAUCUUUUGGAGGCAGCUGAGAAGGAGACCAAGGAAGCUUCGGAAGAGGCCAAGGGAUACUUCGAGCAGGCUAAGGAGAAGGCCGCCGACGCUUGGGAUUCGGCUAAACAGCAAGGCGAGUCUGCAACGGAACUCGCCAAGGCUUACUACAAUGAAGCUGCUGAGAAGGCUGCCGAGACUUGGGAGGAUGUUAAGAAGCUUGGAGAUGAUGCUUCGGAAUCUGCUUUGGAGAAUGCCGAGAAGGCUAAGGAGGAGGCUAAAGAGACUUUCGAAAAGGUCCAUCACUCUACUAACACUGCUGUCAAUGAUUCUAACGAAGAUGCUGAGCACGCCAAAGGACAAGCUGAAGACGCCUUCGAAGCUGCCAAAGAUGAGGCCAAGGAGAAGGUUGAAGACGUUCAGGACACUGCUGGAGAGACAUUCGAGAAGGUCCAUCACUCGGCUACCACAGCUGUAGAUGAUGCCAAGGAGAAGGUCGAAGAGGUUCAAGAGAAGGCCGAAGACGUCAAGGAAGAAGCUCAUGAGCACACGGAGGCUACCAAGCACUCAUUCAUCGACACAGCCAAGGAGUAUGCUCAUGCUGCCGAGGCAAAGUUGGAGCGUGCCGCUUCCACUGCCAGCGACGCUGUUCAAUACGUCAAUGAUUCUACCACGUCAGCGGUGAGCAAUGUCGGUGACACACUCUCAUCUGCAGUUCACACUAUCGAGGAGAAGCUUCACGAUGCCGAGGAGGCCGCUUCCGAGUAUCUUCAUGGAGCUAAGAAAUCCGCCGCUGAAACCGCCCACGACACCAAGGAAGCCGUCUCCUCGAAGGCCGCCGAAGUCGAGAAUGCCGACGUCUCCAAAUUCUUGUCGGAACGCGCGGCGGCGUUGCACGAGAAGAAGCGCGAGUUCUUCUAUUCGACACCUGAGAAGACGUCAACGACGCCAGUUCCAGUAUUCGAAGAAGAUCCAGCUCCACAAGAGGUUCCAGUAGUUUUCGGUUCAGUUGAAGAGGUUAUCGAACAGGUUGAGUCUAAGUCUGCUGCUGAAACUGUCAAAGAUGCCGCCGAAGAGGUCAAGAAGACUGCUGAACACGUUGAGAAGAAGGCUGAUGAGAACAUCAGAACGGGCACUCUUCCAUCGCCAAAGAGCAAGAGCGACAACAAGACCGAUACUCUUCGCUCGACUCGUUCCGAGGGAACCGCCCAAAAGAGACGAUGCGCUAUCCUCUAA